GACGCUUCCACGCCACCUCGCUUCUUUUCAAUGGGAGCUCGCUGUGCGUUCGCUAGCCAGCUCUAGCUUAAAGAUGAAUUCAACGUUCAACCUUACUGGUGUUUUUCUAAGGAUUAGAGGGCAUAGAAGUUAAAUAAGUGCGCCUCUUUUCACUAUUCAAGUUGUCGGCAAAGCUAAUUAAAACGCAAUGGAGGAGGAACAUUGCGACACAUAUGGCAUUGGUGAAAGGAGGUCUUCACUGAGCUCUGACACUAUAUCUGACAACGAGAUAACACCAGAGGAUAUUGAAUGCGAAACUGUCAAUUUUGGCGAGUUUCAACGGAAAGAUUCAAUAGACUAUGAAAUCCAUCUGGGAAAGGGGAAGGAAGACGCAAUAACAAGCGAGGAGACGAAGGGCGACUACUACGAGCGUUCUCUACAGCUAAUAGAGGUUAUAAAAGAAGAUGAUCCAGAAGAAGACGAAGAUGAAGAUGAGCAAGAAAUGCUGGAUAACAUCCUGUACCCCCCCUCCAUGCCCUUCCGGAAGUGCAGCAACCCGGAGAUGUCGCAUGGCUCGGGUGCGGCCCUCAAGUUCAAGCGGCAGCUGAGCGAGGACGGCAAACAGCUCCGGAGAGGGAGUCUUGGGGGAGCACUCACAGGAAAGUACCUGCUGCCCUAUGUGUCGAGCCAGCCAGCAUGGCAGCCUGCAUCAGAGACCUCCAACCUGGUGCGCAUGCGCUCUCAGACGAUGGGCAAGUCGGCCCCCUCCCUCACUGUAAACCUGAAGGAGCUCAGUCUACCCAGAAGAGGGAGUUUCUGCAGGACGAGCAACAGAAAGAGCCUCAUAGGAAGUGGCCAGUCUUCAGCGCUUCCCCGACCCCACUCGCCCCUUUCAUCUCACACAGGAACGAGCCCCCAAGACAGCCCUAGAAACUUCUCCCCCAGUGCCUCCGCACACUUCUCUUUCGCUCGCAGGACCGAUGGACGCAGGUGGUCUUUGGCCUCCCUCCCUUCAUCCGGCUAUGGAACCAACACCCCCAGUUCCACAGUCUCGUCGUCCUGUUCAUCACAGGAGAAGCUGCACCAGCUCCCCUUCCAGCCCACCCCGGACGAGCUGCACUUCCUCUCCAAGCACUUCUGCACAGAGAGCAUCGCCGGGGACGACCAACGCCGCAGGGCCACGCCUAUGCGGCCGCGAUCCCGCAGCCUCAGUCCUGGAAGGUCUCCAGCAUGCUGUGAUCAUGAGAUCAUUAUGAUGAAUCAUGUCUACAAGGAACGAUUUCCUAAGGCCACGGCCCAGAUGGAGGAGCGGAUCCAGGAGAUCAUCCGCUCCAGCUCCCCGGAGAGCGUGCUGCCGCUGGCCGACGGCGUCCUCAGCUUCGCCCACCACCAGAUCAUCGAGCUGGCGCGCGACUGCCUGGAGAAGUCCCGCAGCGGUCUCAUCACCUCACGCUACUUCUGCGAGCUCACCGACAAACUGGAGAAGCUCUUCCAAGAGUCUACAGAGCGAUCUGAGAGUGGGGAGGUGACCUUCAUCAAGGAGCUUGUCAAGAAAAUCCUCAUCGUCAUUGCCAGGCCUGCUCGACUCUUGGAAUGCCUGGAGUUUGACCCGGAGGAGUUCUACCACCUCCUGGAGGCGGCCGAGGGCCACGCCAAAGAGGGCCAGGGCAUCAAGACAGACAUCCCCCGCUACAUCAUUAGCCAGCUGGGCCUUACCCGAGACCCUCUCGAAGAAAUAGCCCAGCUGACCAGCUACGACAGCGGGAUAGCGGAGACGCCGGAGACGGACGACUCUUCCCAGAGCUUGAGUGCUGCACUCCGGUCCCGCCGCAAACCCUGUGAAAACGACUUUGAGAUGAUCAAGCUGAUCAGCAACGGCGCCUACGGGGCUGUGUACUUGGUGCGGCACCGUGAGACCAAGCAGCGCUUUGCUAUGAAGAAAAUCAACAAGCAGAACCUUAUCCUGAGGAACCAGAUUCAGCAGGCGUUCGUGGAGAGGGACAUCCUGACGUUCGCUGAAAACCCCUUCGUCGUCAGCAUGUACUGCUCGUUCGAGACACGGAGGCACCUCUGCAUGGUCAUGGAGUAUGUUGAAGGAGGGGACUGUGCCACCCUGUUGAAGAAUAUGGGCCCCCUGCCUGUUGACAUGGCCAGGAUGUACUUCGCCGAGACCGUGCUGGCCCUGGAGUACCUCCACAACUACGGCAUCGUGCACAGGGAUCUCAAACCAGACAAUUUGCUGGUCACCUCCAUGGGACACAUCAAGCUCACUGACUUUGGCUUGUCCAAGGUGGGACUAAUGAACAUGACCACGAACCUUUACGAGGACCACAUUGAGAAGGAUGCCCGAGAGUUCUCAGACAAACAGGUGUGUGGGACACCUGAGUACAUUGCCCCUGAGGUGAUCCUGCGGCAGGGCUACGGGAAGCCCGUGGACUGGUGGGCCAUGGGGAUCAUCCUGUACGAGUUCCUGGUGGGCUGCGUCCCCUUCUUUGGCGACACUCCCGAGGAGCUCUUCGGCCAGGUCAUCAGCGAUGAGAUCAACUGGCCUGAGGGGGAAGAUGCUCCACCUGCUGACUCCCAGGAGCUCAUCGCUCUACUGCUCAGGCAGAACCCUUUAGAACGCAUGGGAACAGGUGGGGCCCACGAGGUGAAGCAGCACCAGUUCUUUUACAACUUGGACUGGAACAGCUUGCUGCGGCAGAAGGCCGAGUUCAUCCCUCAGCUGGAGUCGGAGGACGACACCAGCUACUUCGACACUCGGUCUGAAAGGUACCAUCACCUGGAGACUGAGGAAGAGGACACGAACGAUGAAGACUUCAAUGCAGAGCUCAGGCAGUUCUCUUCCUGUUCACACCGCUUCUCCAAAGUGUACAGCAGCCUGGACCUGUCUCGUGGCCAGCUGGAGGAGAAAGGGGAGCAGGAGGAGAAGAAGAGCGAGAGUCCGCUCACCAUGGACUCCCUCAGCUGGACGCCCGACUUCACCGAGAUGCCAUCGCUCUCCCACUCUUCGGACGCCGAGAGCGCCAGUGCGGGACUCCGCUCUGGCCUGCUCCCCAAGUUCGCCAUCUCGGCCGAGUCGGAGGACGGGGACGGCUCGGUGGCCCUGGAGGACCCCAGCAAGGUGGACUUCACCAUCGGGGAGCUGCCCCAGGACGAGCCUGACGCCACCACACCCGGCAGCACCCUCAGCGGCUCCACUCUGUCUGUAGGCGACUUCUCGGAGCACGUGGACCAGCUGUCCUCCUCCCGGGGCGAGGGGGUGGACAGCCCUGACACCAACUCCGCCUCCAAGACCUCCGGCGAGCUGGUCGCCACCCUCGGCCUGCCACGCUCCGACACCCCUGACAAGACACCCGGCACCGCCGCCACCGGCGGCAAAGUGCCUAAGUCCGUCUCGGCCAGCGCCCUCUCUCUCAUGAUCCCUGGAGAUGUGUUCGGGGUGUCUCCGCUGGCGAGUCCCAUGUCCCCGUAUUCACUGUCAUCAGAUCCGUCCUCGCGAGACUCCUCCCCCAGCCGAGACUCCCCCCUCUGUGCGGUCAGCCCCCGUCAGCCGAUCAUCAUCCACAGCUCCGGCAAGAAGUUUGGCUUUACCCUGCGCGCCAUCCGCGUGUACGCCUGUGACGGCGACGUCUACACCGUCUAUCAUAUGGUCUGGAAUGUGGAGGACGGGGGACCGGCCAAUAAAGCCGGGCUGAAAGCUGGAGAUCUCAUCACCCACGUCAACGGAGAGCCUGUCAACGGCCUGGUCCACACUGAGGUGGUGGAGCUGCUACUCAAAAGUGGCAGUAAAGUAGCUAUAUCCACCACCCCUUUUGAAAACACGUCCAUCAAGACUGGUCCCGCCCGAAGGAACAGUUACAGAAGCAAAAUGAUCCGGAGAACAAAGAAACCCAAGAAAGAAAAGACACAAGAGAGGCGCAGGUCUGUGUUCAGGCGCUUUGCCAUGCAGCCCUCUCCCCUGCUGCACACCAGUCGCAGCUUCACCUCCCUCAACCGCUCGCUGUCCUCAGGUGAGAGCCUCCCUGGCUCCCCCACUCACAGCCUGUCUCCUCGCUCCCCCACCACUGCCUUCCGGCCCGCUCCAGACUUCACACAGUCAGGUGGCACAUCCUCUCAGAGCAGUUCCCCGAGCUCCAGCGCUCCAAACUCCCCCGCAGGCUCGGGCCACAUCCGGCCCAGCACCCUCCAUGGCUUGGGGCCCAAGCUCCCCGGCCAGCGGCUGCGCCAGGGCCGCCGCAAGUCGGCCGGCAGUAUCCCACUCUCGCCCCUGGCGCGAACGCCCUCCCCGACGCCGCAGCCUACCUCCCCCCAACGCUCGCCCUCCCCCUUGCUGGGCCACUCGGUGGGAAGCUCCAAGACCACUCAGGCAUUUCCUCCCAAGAUGCACUCGCCCCCCACGAUCGUGCGGCACAUGGUGCGUCCCAAGAGCGCCGAGCCGCCCAGGUCACCGCUCCUGAAGCGGGUGCAGUCGGAGGAGAAGCUCUCGCCGUCCUACACGGGGGACAAGAAGCACCUGUGCACCCGCAAGCACAGCCUGGAGGUGACCCAGGAGGAGGGGGCGCAAGGGGAGGGCGCCCAGUGCGACGCCACUCUGCAGAGCGUGGAGGAGACCUCCUGCGAGACGUUGGCGGUCACGCGGGUGCGACCGGCCGAGCAGGGCUGCCUGAAGCGACCCGUCACGCGCAAAGUGGGGCGGCAGGAGUCCGUGGAGGAUCUGGACAAGGAGAAGCUGAAGGCUAAAGUCGUGGUGAAGAGGCAGGACUGGACGGAGAGGCGCGAGUCUCUGCAGAAGCAGGACGCCAUGCAGGACGGCGAGGCGGCCGCCGGCUCUUUGACCGCUGACGACAAGGACAGGAGUGUUCUGGGUAGGCCCUGCUCCAGACCUCAGGGCAACCCUGAGUCCGGUCCCCUGGACAACAAGGGCGCCAGCGCCAACUCCACGCUCAAAGACGUGCUGUACAAGAAACUGAACACCAGAGUGUGCGAGAGCAUCGCCGAGUCAAUGAGUGGCGGCGGGGACUGUGUGUCCGCGUCACUGUGCGAGGGAGUCAGGUCGCACACGUGCCCCGGGCUGCAAGAGUGGAGCCCCCAGAAGGCCGAGCGGCAGCUCGCGCGACCUCUGAAGGAGGGCGGUAAGCCGGACAGGCUGGACUUCAAAGCCUCCAGCAUGGAGUUUGUCAGGAAACGUCCGUCCUUCGACGAGCGAGAUGACUGCGUGUGCCGAUUAGCCCCCGGCAUGCACGAGAGCCAUCACUUUAGCACCACCCGCUCCAAGAGCCUCCAGCUGGACUCGGCCAUGGUCCUGGACCACAUGAAAGGCGGGAUGUGCGGCAUCCACAACUCGCCAGGGAUCAGCGGAGACUCUCUGUCCCCGAAGCUGUUUACCGGCCGAGGGGAGAGCGCGGUGGAGAAGCUCCAGAUGAUCUCCUCCUCGGAGGGAUCCAUCCGGAAGACCUCCUCCGAGUACAAGCUCGAAGGGCGUCUCGUUUCCUCGCUGAAACCCUUGGAAGGUACGCUGGACAUCGGCAUGCUCUCGGGACCGCGCGUUUCCAAGACCGACACCUGCCUGUCCAAAAUGGUGGACGGCCCAGGCGAUGUCACGCUAGGUCAGAGCCAGAGCGAGAAGCAGCUGUCGUUUCAGUUGCAGAAGCCCUCCGACAAGCCUAAGGCAACAUCAACAGACUCUGCGCCAGCUCAGGGGGCCGUAGAGUCCCUGAGCUCUCUGAACUCGCUCACAGAGUGGCCUGCAGUGAAACCUGACACUACCACCACUGCCGCCGCCGCCGCCAUCACCACCACCGCUCUGAUCAAAGGCUGCAGCAGCGAUAGAACUCCCGAGAAGCCCGGUCACAUCGAGCCAACCCACUUACCGGUCGUUAAACUGGACAUUGCUGACUCCAGUGGAAAACCGGAGAUUAGAUCAAGCGUGAAAGCCGCCGCCUCUUCCCUGGCCCACGAGAUGAGGGUCACUCGUCACAGUUCUCAUUUCUCAUACGGGAAGACUCCUUCAAUCAAAGAGGUCAGCAACGAGGACCAGGAUGAUGACUUAGAGCUACCUGAAGAGGCCACCAUGCCCACAACCAAUCAGAAACAAGAUGAUACUAAGCCUGUGAAGACAAAAGAAUCACAAAACUCUGCCUCUCAGUCAGAAUAUCUGAAAACAGUACCUCAAGCAUCUAAGCCUCCUGUAGAAAUAAACUUGGUUGACAAAUCCAAAUCUGAGCCGGCAAAAGUGGUCAGCAGCCUCCAAACAACUCUGUCUCCCAAGCAGAGAGUAGGCUCCCCCUCAGAGUUGGUUUGUGUACAGAGCAGUGUCAAAGAGCAGAAACCAAGCAGUCCAGUUUCAGGCAAGGCCUCGGGGCACGGUGCCUCACAACAUGGCUCAGCAACUUCACAGAAUGUGCUGCUUUCUCCCCCCGAGCACUGUGCUCAAACGAGCGCAGCCAAGGACAAAGCUGUUGGUGCAAAGACACUUGAUGUCCAACAAAACUCUGUUAAAGACAAACCAGCUCCUACACAAAGCUCAGCUUUAAGCGCUGUGAAAGAGAAACUGGCCGCCCCCGCACAGAAUUUAACUGCAUCCGUAAGUUCUGGUCCUGUUCUGGCAAAAAGCACCGGUAAAGAAAUUCCAUCCAGCAGCAUAACUCUGGUGCCAGAACGUUCUCAUUCGCAGAGCGCUGUCAAAGACGUGCCAUCGAAAACACAUACACAGAGCACACCUUCAGAUCCACAUCCCAGUCGUCCGUCGAGCGCCACCGCUGCCAAGGACAAGCAGGUCAGCGCCCCGGCUUCACAAGAAAUCCCCGGCCCCAAAGGUACAGCCGUCUCCGAGGCCACGUCCCCGCCGGCCAAGCAGAAGAAAUCAGGCAGCCCACCGAAAGUCAGCACGGGGCCGAAAUCUGUGCUGACUUCAGCUGUUGCUCCGUCGGAAGAUGUGAAGAAGUCUUGUGGCUCGGUUCCACAGCAGCACCAGCAGCAGCGCUCGGACAGAGCCCCACAUGGCACCGCCGACAAGGUCCAGACAGAGAGGGCCCUUUCAGCGCCUGCCAGCGGGACGACGUCCACUUUGCAAACUGGCAAGGCCCUCAAAACCGCAACAUGUUUCCCUAACAAAACGGCCGAGGCCCAGGAGACACCUUCCUCUGAAUUGGAUCUGAAAGGCAGCGCUGCGAAAGGCAACACCAGCACCGCUGCUUCGAAAGCUGAAAUCACAAAGAAGGGUGAGCUGAAGAGAGAGGAUGUAGCCACCGGUAAAGCGGCAGCAGCAGAAAGUAGCACCUCAAUUAAGAAUGUGGCCGUAGCUCUGCAGAAGGUGCCAAGCAAUCAAGGCAAAGCCGCAGAUGGACAAACAGACACCAGCUUAACCAAGGCAGAGGACAAGCCACGAGUGAAGGGCUCUCCAGUGACUGAAAGCCCCCACUCUGCCAAGCCGUCGGCUGACAGAGCGGUCAAAGAGACCAGUCCCUCACGGUCUAUAAAGCCAUCCCAAGCUUCAUCUUCAAUGCACGUCAGCGGAAAACAGGCCACUGUGAGCUCCAGAAAUAAGCCGAGAGUAGAGUCCCCCCUGGUGUCCCAAUCGGGUGUCAAAGCGACGGAGAACAAAGGGAAAACGGAGAGCCAUUCAGCAGCUUUCUCCGCAGCUAAAGACUCCCAACACGCAAAGCCAAAAGAGCAGAGAGAGACACCAGUCGUCGCUGCCCUCACCCAGAGGGAGACUGUGAGCCGUGGCAGUGCCAGUCUGGCCUCCGUGCCCGUGCUCCCCGUGCCCGCUGUCAGGGUAGAGAUCCACCACACACCCAGUGGGGCAGCGGCGGGAAAGGGCGCGUCUAGCACAGCUGAAUCCAUAGCAAAGUCCUCCAAGGAGGAAGUGGCCAGGGCGCGGAGUGAGGGCCCCAAGCUGGCGUCUCAGAGGAACCAGGGACCAGGGGAAGUGGUGGGGACCACCAGUGAUCUCAAAUCCACUUCUGUCGAGGCCAAGACCGGAGCCUCCUCGAAUCGAAAGGAGAUGGCCGAGAAGAAGAAACGAGAGGCUGGCCAGGAGCAGACAUCCACGCAAAAACACGCCGGCAAAGAUGCGUCUAGAACAUCUGCGCCCGCCAAAGAGGCAACAGCGGCAGAGAAAGAGUCCGUCCGUCCGAAACAAUCAAAGGAAUCUCCUCGCGGCUCAAACAAGAAGUGAUACCCAGAUUGGGGCCGAUGGCAGGGUGUGGACUUAGUUAGCAGCCACCAUUUCUAUCCAAUCUUUUAGGAAUGUUUUAAGAGGCUGUUUCUGUUUUCUUUCUGUAUGUCGUAUCAUUAUGCCUUCCUUUUUUGAGGACCGGUGAAGCUGUUACUUCAGUGUGCAUACCAAGUGAGAAAAACUUGAGUGGGCAGAUUAGCUUGGUGAAGGGUGUGUGUGUGUCUCUGUGUGUGUGUGUGUGUGUGUGUGUGUGUGUUUGUUUGUGAGAGAGAGUCAAUACUACUAUGUGUUGGAAAAUGUAGGUCUGAAUGUAAGACAUAAUUUCUUUUGCUGCUGAUUUGUGGUCCCUUUUUAAUUAUCUGCAGUGAGUAGGGAGCGAGGAAGAAAAAAAAAAGUAAUUCUGUGUCUGAAUAUGUUUUGUGUUGUGGAAUAAUUAGAAAAGCAGAGGUUUGUGUAACCGGUAAGCUAGCGGAGGCAGGGUGAAGCCCCUUCAGUUGUGUGCCAACUGCUGUGGCCAUACAGUACAUGCCAGGCUCAGUACUAAACAGGAAGCACCUGCCCGUAGACUCAUCGUACUGGGCGUGCACUGAGACUACAAUGACAAUGGCCUGGACUUUUUCUCCCGAUCGAUAAAUUCUGCUGAAACCCACCAUGGUCUUUGCACAUGAUUUAAACCAUCAACUUAUCAAAAAAACAAAAAACAAAUACAAAACAAAAGUGUAGCAAUGGUGCUGAAGAAGUAGCGUGCAGUUGUCACGCAAAGCGUGUGAUCUCACCAAUUUUUUUUGUUUGAUUAGUUUUGUUUUUCUUUUUUUGUUUGUUUCUCUGUUCUGGUUGUUUUACCCUUUUAGAGAUGAAGUGUGCAGUUUUGUUUUGGGUAGUGGUGCACAGAGCCAAUGCACUAUGUCCUGUGCUUCUCACCUAGAACUAUUUACUAUGGAAUCAUCUUACGGUUCUGGAAUCAUAUCUAGUGGAAGGGGCCUUUUGGGUUCAUGGGGAAUUCGGCUUGCUGUUCUUAGCAGGUUAUGAUGAAAUUCACAUUCCUUUCACAUAACAUCUCUACAUUUCUAAAAAAAUUGAUUUUUAUGCAAUAUACUGUAAAUAGGACUAAGUGAACUGUACAAAAUGGGGGCUACAUGGGCUCAAUCAAAUAUAUGUGUUGUAUGUUUUAUAUGUAUAUAUUUUGCUAUCUCAUACAUUUGUAUACCAUGCUCAACGUUUGGUGUUAGUUCUGUCAUUGUUAUCUUGAUAAUUCUGGACUUCUGGAAGUAGCUACCAAUAGGAAAAGGCAUAAUCUCUGUCAGAUUGUGCAUUGAAUUGUACUUGAAGCAACACAAGUUUAAAAUGAGAGAAUGGACACUUUUGAGUAAUGUGUCUCUGUGAAAGGAAAACUGAGGUGCCUGUAGUAGAUUUGAGAACAAGAAUGUCUUUGAAUUUUUUUUUUUUUUUUUUUGCCGGAAUGAUAUAUCCACUAUGGACUCACAAGGGUGUCUCACGUUAAAUUUGCACCAAUGCUCAGAAUAUGGAUGUAACUUUAAAACUAAAAUGUAAAACCAAUAGCCUCAAUUUGGAAAACAAUAUUCCUAACACUCAGUGACAUUUCUCAUAGCAGUAUCAAGGUGUGAAGGCUGUUGUCUGGCUUGUAUUUGUGUGGCUGUUUAAACGUUAACGAAUUUGACUCAUUAGAACGAGUGGCUGUAGGAAUAGAGGUUUGGAUUUCCACCUCUUUACACAGUCAGGGUGCCAGAGUUGAAGAGGUUCAGCAUCCAACAUCCUCUCAUAAGGUCACGCUCACUCUGUCCCCAUUUGUCCACAUAAUAUCCGGCAUAAUGUAGUCCUUUUCCAGAACACUAUGCAGAACUGAUCUUUGGCCGAGUGCCCUUUCAUCUCUGCAUUUCAGCUGACAGGGGAUUACAUGUAGACAAUAACAGUCACUGCACUGUACAGGUGAAAGACACUUCACCAUUACCUGACAUAAGAUUGUGAAACGGUUUUAAAAAAUGGUGACACAUUUGUCUCAUAGACUUUUGUGCAACCUCAAGCCCUUUUGAUUUUUGUGUUGCUUUUAUAACAUUUCAAUAGUCAAUAAUGAUGAAUUACGUCUAAUAGAACAAUCACAUCCUGCAUAGUUUUUUCUGAAUAAAAAUAUAUUGUCCAUUGCUCUCUUCAAAACUAACCGCAAAUGUUAGAAGUGGUGCAGCAGUGAAUCAAGCCGAUGCUUUUACAACCCUUCCACUUAGAUCUUAAUGGAAAACAGCCAAGCACAUACCAACUUAGUUACAAUGUUACGAUAUCUGUAGGCUAUAUUACAACGCUAGACACUUAAUGGUAUUUUAAAGGGGCUAAAGGUAAAUGCAUCUAUCUAUAUCUAUAUAUAUAGCAGGACACAUACUGUAUGUUCGAGAGCCAUUAGGGAAUGCCACACAUGAAGCAUAAUUAAUGACAUAGAGGUUUUUAAAAUAAAAUACGUUGUAAGAUUCUGAACUUUUAAUGUUCAUAGAGUAAGCUGUUUCUGGGAGAUUAAAAAUGCACCUUAUUGUUGGAUAUGCGACAAACACAGAUUUAAUAAGACUAUCUUGAAAAGAAAGAAAAAAAAAGUAUAUAGAUCAUGCUGAAAUGUGAAUGUCUACUCGAACGAUUUUUACAUGAUAACAGUUGUCAUCAUAAAGAAAUCACAUAAAAGCUCAUUGAAAUUAAUGGAGUCUUGUUUGUCCCUAUGCCUUUUUUCCGCUGACAUUUGAUGUUUAAAAUCUCUUUAAAAAGCACAUUAAAUGUUUGUUUACAAUACUUCAUGGAUGUAUAUUUUGUAUAUUGUGUUAUUAAUUUGCCAAAAUCUGUGUGCAAUGUCACAGAAAAACUUGUGGUGAUUGUAGUGUCUGUGACUGCUUAUCUCAGUCAAACCAAGCUGUAUAAGACUCUUGUUAGUCUGCGUUAGUGCAGACCUUAUAUGUCAAAACAUCUGUCUGGUUCUAAAUGGUCCUGCAUUUUUUUGUUUUUGUUUAUUUUUUGAGGGGGGGUGGGGGUUACUUUAUUUUCUCAAUGUGUGUAAACUUAGUGUUAGAUGACUGCUUCUCAUGAUUGGUCUUUUAGGAUCUGUGCAAUAAAAAUGUGUUAUGAGUUUUGUAUUUCACCCAAUGAAAGCUCUAUGGAUGUCAUAGAUGUUGUAUACUAUAAAAAUAUUUAUACUUCUAAAGUUGUACAAUACUAAAAAUAAAAUGGCAUGAAUGAA